AUGUCAUCGACGCCGGCGCCUUUACCUGUUUCGGAGAUGACGAGCCAACAGAAGGCGGAGAACGCGCUUGCUCAGUCUGGGACAUCGAAGUCGAAUUACAAGGGCUUUGUGGCGGGCGUUUUUUCAGGCAUUGCGAAGCUUAGUGUUGGCCAUCCAUUCGACACCGUCAAGGUUCGCCUACAAACUAGCAAAGAUGUGCAGUUCAAGGGACCGUUGGAUUGCACGUUGCAGACUUUGCGAAAGGAAGGGUUACAAGGGUUUUACAAGGGAGCUACGCCGCCGCUGGUCGGAUGGAUGAUGAUGGACUCUAUCAUGCUGGGCUCCUUGACUCUGUAUCGCCGAUUACUACUCGAAAAUGUCUUCUCGAAACCUCACCUCCGUUCUUACCUCCCCUUCUCGCGCUACCAGCCAGACCUCACAACCCUCCCUAGUUUCGGACACGGCAUUGCAGGUAUCAUGGCCGGUACAACGGUCAGCUUCAUUGCAGCUCCCGUCGAGCACAUCAAGGCACGCCUGCAGGUGCAAUACGCCGCCGACAAAUUGCAGCGCAUGUACAGCGGGCCGAUCGACUGCCUGCGCAAGAUGGUUCGCACGCACGGCAUCCGCGGCCUCUACCGCGGCCUCUGGGCGACAAUCUUCUUCCGCUCGUUUUUCUUCUUCUGGUGGGGCUCCUAUGACGUCCUGACUCGCUACUUCAAAGAGAACACUAAAAUGUCCGCCCCUGCGGUCAAUUUCUGGGCCGGUGGUAUCUCCGCCCAAUGUUUCUGGCUCACUUCCUACCCGUCCGAUGUCGUGAAGCAGCGAAUCAUGACCGAUCCUAUGGGUGGUGCGCUGAAUGACGGCAAGCGACAGUUCCGCGGCUGGAAGGACGCUGCGAUCGCCGUAUGGCGCGAGCGUGGGUGGAGAGGGUACUGGCGGGGCUUCGUGCCAUGCUUCCUUAGGGCGUUCCCGGCGAAUGCUAUGGCUCUGGUUGCGUUCGAAGCCGUGAUGCGUACCUUGCCCUAA